GCGAUAUCGCUUGCGACGCAUCGCCUGUUUGGCCCAUGUUGGCAUCACUGUUAACAAAACACGAACUUCCUUUCCGUUUUCAGAGCUCCGUCGUGGAGAAUAGGCAUAGUUGGAGAUGGGGCGGUAUUCACACGAACCUGACAAUGCUACAAAGUCGUGUAAAGCACGAGGCUCUAACCUUCGUGUCCAUUUUAAGAAUACAAGGGAGACUGCAAUGGCACUGAGGCGAAUGCCACUGAGGAGAGCUGUCAAAUAUUUGAAGAAUGUUGUUGAGAAGAAAGAAUGUGUUCCGUUUCGCAGAUUCAAUGGUGGAGUUGGUCGUUGUGCUCAGGCAAAGCAGUGGGGUACAACUCAGGGCCGCUGGCCUAAGAAAUCUGCAGAGUUCUUGCUUCAGUUAUUGAAAAAUGCAGAGUCAAAUGCAGAUUACAAGGGCUUGGAUGUUGAUCGCCUGGUCAUAGAACAUAUUCAAGUCAACCGUGCGCCAUGCCUGAGGAGAAGAACCUACCGUGCCCACGGAAGAAUAAAUCCAUACAUGAGCUCUCCCUGCCACAUUGAGGUGGUUCUCACUGAAAAGGAGGAAGUUGUUGCGAAAGCAACUGAGGAAGAGCCCACAAAGAAGAAAGUGUCAAAGAAGAAAUUGGCUAGGCAGAAAGAAAAGAUGAUGAGAGAUUAAGAAGUUGUGAAAUUGUUCUUGACCAAUAAAAAUGUUCUGUAUAA